UUCAUCAGAAUAGCUGCUUCGAAGACGACUCGUGUGUUUUCCAACUGUGAUUGUGGGAUAAAUAUAUUCCCAUAUAUUUUGUUUGAAAGUGUUUCUUUGUUGACUAUCAACUUGACUAAGAUAUAGUCCAUGUACUAUUCAUCUACAUGAUUCGGUUCGUUUUCUAGGAUUUUCUUGUGUGCCAAGGAUGAGAGUUAAAGAAAAACCAUAUCCUCUUAAUCAUGGAGUGGAUGUUGCUUCAGUAGUGUCACCCAACAAGAGACAGAUUCAAUCUGAGGUCACAAUAGGAAUUGAAAUAGAACCUCACAACCAAGUAUUAGAUCUCUCAAAACCAAGUGAGAAAAUCAAUGGAUACAGUGGAACAACAGAAACUGAUGCCAUCCAUAGAAGACUUGGUAGUCUAGAUGGAGGUGUUGAAACCUUAGCGAAAUCUGUUGUGGAUUUAAUGGAGAGUUCUUCAGCCGGAGGAAAAAGAAAGAGAAGUCCUGCUAAAAUUUCCCCUUCCAAACAUGUGAAAGAUGAAGUCUUAGAAACUGAUCAUUUAGUUGUCCAAAGUGGUGUUGAUGGCUCCUCAGUAAAAAAAGAGCUGUUUCAAGAAAUUCCUUCAAAUGACCAAGAAAUUAAGAAAGCAGCACAUUUAGCUGUGGUUAGUUCUGAGUCCAAAGGAAAGAAGAAAAGCGCUAUCCAGCAAGGAAAAAAAGUCUUAAAGAAAAAAAAGAAUGUAAAGAAAAAAUGUUUUACUAAGGACGAUGAUGACUUCCAAAUUGAUCCCCGACUUGGUGGAACGAAAAUCAGGCAAUCAAUCGGCAACAAAGGCAAAGACAAAAAGCUCAAAUCAACUGACCAAGAACCCAAGAAACAAAAGACGUUGGAACAGCGCUGUCCUUACGUACAUAUUGAAGGAUCUUGGAACCUUCCAAACGUUGUUAAAAUCGUAAAUGGUCAUGUGAAAGAAGAUGAAAAUGACGGAAAAUCUUCGACCAAAUUGACCAAAGCGGCACAGUAUAUCGACGAAGAGCACCGCAACAAAGUUGCAAAGGUUGGAUUUACGAGCACGCUAUCUGAUAGAUAUGACACACAUAAUCGCGAUGCUACUUGGGUUUGCGUGUUCUGUCAGCUAUUUACCCACACGCAAUGCUUAGGUGAUCUCUACGGCCCAUACUAUAUCAAUCAGGUACCUACAGAACCAAUUUGGUUUUCUAAGCGCAAUCCUGAUUCUCUCAGUCAGUGUAACUCCGGCGUUAUGGCUGCUGAAUCGGAAUUCCCCGUUCGCGCAAACGUCCAUCAAAAGAAAACGAAAAAAUCACCGAAGAAGAAAGGCCUCGUAAAGGAUGAAGUCUCAGCUUCGUUACCACCAUCACUUGAUGAUUCAGCCGCAAGAGUUGCCUGUGACACUCCCGUAGGAAUCUUCCCGCUUGAUCAGUCUGAUGAGAAAGUAGAGGUAUGGUUCCACGAAAGUUGUCUUAUUUGGGCUCCAGGAGUAUGUUUAGUACCUCCCCGGCUUGUCGGUCUGGAUGAAGCGGUUUCAGAUUCCCAACAAGUGAUCUGUGAAUAUUGCAAAAAAAGAGGAGGUCAUAUUUUCUGUCGCAGUAGAGGGUGUGGGCUCCGCACGCACUUUCCCUGCGCUAUUGCUCACGGAUGGUUACUACGAGAAGAAACGUUCAUGGCACUAUGUCCAACUCAUCUGGAUCAAGCUGCUAUUACUUAAGUUUGCUUAACAUAAGAAAUUUUUUUCAAUCAUACGUUUCGUUUACUACUUCCCCAAUUACAGGAAUGAAAAAAGUUAAAGCAGUGACAAGUAAAAUAAAAAAAAAAAUAAUAAUAAAAAAAGGGUAUAUACUUUUGCUGUCAAUUGCGCCUCUCAGUGUUGUACAGUUCCAAUAAAUAUGUCGUACUUUUGUCUAUGGA